AUGUCGGCCGAACAAGUUGAGCGGCAGAAACGUGACAAAUGUACUGCGAUUUCAAGAGACGCCAUACGUUGGUAUACACGUGAAAGUUGCUUCUAUCGAAUUCUGAAUAAAGCACUACGUACAAAAAGCUUGGAUAUCCUAUAUGCUUGUCGUUUACUGAUCAGUGAUAUUCACACACAAUUGCUACAAAUAUCAUCGUUACUUAAGCUGACCAGUAAUAUCGUAUAUCGUGGUCAAAUAUUAUCGCGAAAUGAAUUUAAUCGUUUAAAAUCGUCUAUUGGCGAUUAUAUAUCCAUAAACAGUUUCUUAUCAACAAGCUUGAGCGAAAUACAAGCAUUCGGCUUUAUCGCUGGUGGACUGCCAGAUGAAGAAAUAGAUGACUUUCUCAGUUGUCUAUUUGUUAUUCAUAUUGAUCAUUCAUCAACAAAGUUUGCUAACAUAACAAAUUCAAGUCACUUUCCAGGCGAAGGAGAAGUUCUAUUCACGAUUGGUACGAUAUUUCGAGUUCAAAACGUUUAUAUUGACCAUGAUCAGGGAAAAGUCGAUUUAAUGCUGUGUCGGGACGACGAUUAUAAGUACAAACAAGUUCUGGAUUACAUGGAAAAUGAUAUUGGUGGCGAAAAAGAGUCAUUGAGUGCAAUAGCACGAUUGUUAAGGAAAAUGGGUGAUUAUGAUACGUCUGAAGCGUUUUAUCAACGGUUAUUGGAUACUGUAUCGUCAUCACAUAAUAUUAGUCUUCUAGCAAACUGUUACACAGGUCUAGGUGUGAUUGCAUUUAGCGAAGACAACUACCUCUUGGCUCUAGAAUACCACAAUCAAGCACUAGCAAUUCGUCUGGCUGACUUAUCCAACCACGUUGGAAUAGGUAACAACUAUCACAGUCUUGGUGCAAUUCACGGUAAAAUGCACCAUUAUGAGGUUGCAAUUGAGUACUAUAUAAAAGCGCUUAAGCUAUGGUCUAAGUCAUUCCCUGACUAUAAUCACUUGAUGUUUGCUUGGAGCUAUGGUCGUAUAGGACAAAUCUAUAGAAUGAAAAAACAGUGUGACACAGCCCUGAAUUAUCUUGAAAAAGCAUUACAAAUUAUGAUGCAGAUAUUGCCCCAUUAUCAUCCUGAUACAUCCUGGAUAUAUUUCAAUCUCGGGCUUGUCUAUCAUGAUAAAGGAGAAUAUACAAUGGCUUUAUCGAACUAUAAACGCGCACUCACAGUUGCGGCGAAAACCUUACCAACAAAUCAUUUACAUUUAGUCCGUGUUUAUCGUUGUCUUGGACUCGUUUAUGAAUGCAUAGAAAACUAUAAAUUAUCACUUUUCAACUAUGAGCAAGCGUCCGUAUUAAUAAACCAACAGAAGCCUGAGAAAUUUCAAGAUCGCUUGGAAUUGCAAUACCAUAUAUAA